AUGUUGAAUACUGUUUGUUUGUAUCAAAAAUUCUUUGAGGAGUAUAUAGAAACAGAGUCAAGCUUUAAAAAAUAUUUGGGUGAUAGUGUUCCUGGUUUCAUGGAUUGGGAACAUGUUAGGGAGUUAUGUGGCAUGUUAGAAUGUUUUUACAAAAUGACAUUGAGAAUUUCUGGUUCUCUUUAUGUGACUUCUAACAACCAUUUCAAUGAAAUUUCUGAUUUGUGUACAAUCUUGCAAGAUUGGAUAAGGUCUGAUGAUGUGUCAUUGAGGUCUAUGGGAUCUAAAAUGAAAAAAAAAACUGAUAAAUACUGGGGUGAUCCUGUUGUAAUGAACAAGCUGAUAUGUUUUGCCAAUAUUUUAGAUCCUAGGGACAUAAUUCUUUAUUUGAAGUACACAUUGACUCAUAUGUAUGGUGUUCAAGAGGGUAAAUUUCUGUUUUCUGGUCUGAUGGAUGAUUUACUUGAAUUAUUCAAUGACUAUGAAUUUCAACAUAAGAAAGAAAAGGCCAUUGGUGGUGGCCAGACUAGUCUGUCAUCUGAGCAUGUUGGUGGCUUAUCUCAAGCCAAUUCUGUGUUGAAAGAGAGGUAUCUACAGGAAAUAAUGGAGACUGGUGGGACCAAGAAAUUUGAAUUGGAUUUGUACCUUAGAGAGGCAGUAGUUGCAAAUGAGGAGAAUUUUGACAUUCUCAGAUGGUGGACGCUGAACUCAGAGAGGUUGCAUGUCCUCUCUAAAAUGGCUAGAGACAUUCUUGCAGUCCCAAUCUCCACAGUUGCUUCUGAGUCAGCAUUUAGCACUGGUGGAAGAGUGCUAGAUGACUUCAGGAGUAGCCUGACUCCAACACUUGUGGAAGCUCUAAUCUGCAUUCAGGAUUGGCUUAAAGACCCAACUAAGCCUGUUUCUGUUGAGGAGUCUUUGGAUGAAUUGGAGCAGUUUGAAGAAGGCUUUCAAGAACCAACCAAUGCUAACACUAAUGUUGUAGUUUGUUUGUAUGUCCUUUUCUCAAUUUACUUGAUGUUUGUUUGCUCAUAUGACCUGUUGGCCUGUUGGACUAGGAAGCCAAAUCUGAGCUUGUUGCCUUUAUGA